AUGUCAGGCCUCAUAUCAACCACGAACUGCGCUGCUAUGGCUUCUUAUCCUCUUCCUCGUCCAAUUCGUCCCUAUUUACAACAAAAACAUCAGAUCUUUCAAAAUCCCCAAACAUGGCAUACGACAACUCUACCUGCUGUUGUCAUUCGUAUUGCAGAUUCGAUCUUCGUUAAGACCUUUACAGGGAAGACAAUCACCUUGGAGGUUGAGAGCUCCGCCACCAUUGAUAACGUUAAAACCAAAAUUCAAGAUAAGGAGGGGAUUCCACCUGAUCAAAUACAGGUUGAUCCUUGCAGGGAAGCAAUUGGAAGAUGGGUGAACUUUGGUUCAAAUCCAAUUCGUAUGUUGAUUUUGCUUCUCAAUGAUGGUAAUUGUACAAAGGAAAAUCGAAGUAGGCUAUCAAGUAUCAAUAAAGUGCAAAAAAUUAAUCCAAUUCUCAGUCCCCUGAUUCGAUUCCGAGGUAGAUGA